AUGACAAAAGUGGAUGUCAAGAAUUACCUUGAAAAAAUAUACAACGUGCCGGUAGCUGCUGUGAGGACCAGGAUACAAUACGGUGCAAACAACAAGAGGGAUCACAGGAAUCGGAGGGUGAAGAAGCCAGAUUACAAGGUUGCCUAUGUACAGCUGGGCCAAGGACAAACCUUUCAGUUUCCCAACCUAUUUCCAGAGAAAGAACAAGACACAGAAACUCGCUCUUUUGAUGACUUGAAGGAUAAAUAUAUGGAGAGAGAGAAGCAGAGACAGGAAGGUGACCCCAGACGAGGUGGAGUCCCCGAUUGGUUUGGACUUUGAUGCGAGAAGCCAGCUGCCUUUCUUUAGGCUCAGAGGGAUUUUGGUCAGCAGAACUUGCACUCUUCCCUUCUUGUAAUGAUCGAAUGUUUAUUCUUGAGCAGCCCUUGCUAGCGUGUCUUUUUUCCUGGCUGUUUGUGCACAACUACAGCAAAAUGACCCUAAAGAAAUAAAAAGGUAAAAUAAA